AGUUUUCGCGGAUCUCAGUUCCCCUUGCACCUUUUUCUGGGUUUCUCCCCCAUCACGGAAAGCGCAAAGCCGCGGCCACACCGCAACAAAGCCAACGAGCCCAACCCGGACGGGUGAGCGAGCGGCUCGUGCGGAGGUACACAGAGACGCGGACCGGGUCGCCGGACGACGAGACGCACCAUGGCACCGUCGCAGCUGCUUGGCAGCACCGAUCUCUGGCGGCCCGUUGCCGCCGCGCGCGGGGGCGGCUGGGCCACGGCCGCCGUGCUCCUCCUCCUCCUUGCCUCUCACCUCGCAGUCCUCCUCGUCCGCCUCCGCCGCCGCCUCCGCGGCGGAGGCCGAAACGCCCAUCCGGAGGCCGCCGUGGCACCCGCGCCUGCCUCCACGCCCCCUGGUUCCGCUUCCGCCUCAGGAAUAGAGGGAUUAGUGACGGAGGGCGAUCUGAGGCAGCUGGUAGGCAGUCUGGGCUUGGGCGCGCACGAACCAGAGAGGGAGGGCUGGGAGCACGUCAUCUCCAAGAGCAGCGACGACGUCUCCUACAAGGCCUGGUGCGACAAGCCCACGGCUGGCCCUCCUAAAUAUCUGAGUAUUACAACAUACGAGAGAUGCUCGGCAGAGCAGCUGAGGGACUUCUACAUGGAUAAUGAGUACAGAAUGGAGUGGGAUAACACUGUCAAAAAACAUGAGCAGCUGCAGUAUGACGAGAACAGUGGGGUGGAGGUAGGGCGAACAAUUAAGAAGUUUCCACUUCUAACACCAAGAGAGUACAUAUUGGCAUGGCGAGUCUGGGAAGCAAACGACAAGUCUUUCUAUUGCUUUAUCAAGGAAUGUGAACACCCUCUUGCGGCACGACAGAGAAAGUUUGUUAGAGUGCAACUUCUAAGAUCAGGAUGGUGUAUUAGGAAAAUCCCAGGCAGGGAUGCAUGCCAAAUCACGGUGCUGCAUCAUGAGGACAAUGGAAUGAAUAUAGAGAUGGCAAAGCUAGCUUUUUCCAAGGGCAUCUGGAGCUACAUAUGUAAAAUGAACAAUGCUCUACGUCGGUAUCCUCAGCAUGGCAGUCCAUCAGUGUCAAUUCUGACCAUGCAGAAACUUAUGAAGAAGUUUCCCCAGGAUUUGGAGACUGCCGACGCAAGCCUUUCUGCUUCUCAGAACACUGCAGCAUCGGUCGUUCCUUCCACACCGACUUCCAGGACUUCACCAUGCAAGCUUGAGGGGAGGAAGUCUCGCCAAAUGAUCGCGAGCGGGAUUCUGCUGGUUGGAAGCAUCGUUUGUCUAUCUCGAGGCCGAUCCAACCUCGGGGCGCAGCUCGCGAUGGCCUUCUUCCUGAAAAAGGCCUUCAAGCAAGAGAGGCAAUCAAGCUCCUCAUCGACAUGAAUGGUGAAAACAAACGUGACUAGAUGCAGGCGGUAGCCGUACUGGUUUGAGCCGUGCAGACUCCAGACAACGUAUUAUUAGCAUUUUUAACCUUUCUCUGAUUACAGAAUACGUGACUAGAUAACCUUUGACCCUGAGCCGUGCAGACAAGUUGUAAAGAGUUUUUUCCGGAACUAGUUUUGUAAAUAAUCGUUUUCAAAUCUGGAAACAUAGAAUUACUU